CAACAGGAUUUGAAUAACCAGGUGUGAGAGCAUCAGCCUCCCUCGUUAAUGUGUUUGAUAAUUGACCAGGCGCUCAUUCCUGUGGGAGGGCGGCGUGCCCAAGAGCAGCGCCCGACUGCUCCUCCGCGCCCCGAGAGAGCCGGUGGCCCUGCCUGCUGCCAUGUCUGCCCGCUGCCACCUCCUCCUCCUCCUCCUGGGGCUGCUCCUGCUGCUGGAGCCUGCCUGCUGCCAGGAAGCUCGGGGCCCCCUCCAGCCGUGGUCGCAGGGUGUCAUUGCAGUGGUUGUGUUUCUAGUCCUGGUGGCUAUCGUUUUUGUGGUCAACAGGUUCUGGUGUAAGAAGAAAGUGGAAAACGUCGAGACGGUGGUGAGCGUCGAGGACAAGCAGGAGGCUGUCACGUCCAAUGGCCAUGAUGGGAAAUACAUAAAUGUUGCAGCUGACUUCAGGUCCAAAGAGAGCAACCAUGCCUACGAGAACACCGUGGAGCCAGAGGAGAAGGUGGUCACCACUGCCAUGUAGCAGGCACUCCGGCCAUCCUCCCUCCUUCCUCCUCUCACUUUGCUUCCCACUGUUGCGACGGGCAUUUUCACAGGGACCCUCUGCACCAACAUCUCCUGUGUGUGGUGAGUCCCUGACCUCUCCAAGGCACCACCACCUCCUGAUCUUUUCCCUUCCCACCUGCGGGAUAUGUUCUUCUGCCUCAGGGGUCAAUGUCCAUGUGGGCAUCAGUCCCCAGGAGAGGUCUGGAGGUGCCACUUCUGCUCAGAGGUCACCCCAUCUGGUUGGUGAAGUUGAUGUCCCCAGUCCUGGCGGGAUGCUGACCUGCUCCAGACAUGGAGGGGUUCCCACUGGGUGCCUAGGAUGUCCCCACAUCCCCAGCCACCCUUUGGGCAGCUGCUGUUGGAAAACCCGCUCUUCUCCCCAUUUCACCCUCCGUUUUAUGACCUAUACCAUGCAUUUUAAUGUCAGAACAAACUUUCUCCCCUGUAUAUAUCUUCCCUGUGAGCAAUAAAGAGAAUUGUUGCCCAUACCACA